CAACCUCCUUGCAUCUAUUAACCUUACGUCGAAUCUUCUUGCUGGGAAAUUAACAAUAUGGCGACCUUUCGCUUGGUUUACAAAAAUCAAAUUCAGCACGUGUGUUGAGGUGCCAAACUUUAAAAGUGAAUUAUGGGUGAUAACAGACAGGAGCAGACCUACGAUGGCCCCGCCGGUAUGCAGCCGGAAGGCGUUAUUGAGUCGAACUGGAACGAGACCGUCGACAACUUCGACGAUAUGGGUCUGAAGGAACAACUGCUUCGCGGUAUCUACGCUUACGGUUUCGAAAAGCCGUCUGCAAUUCAGCAGCGUGCAAUCAUGCCGUGCAUCAAGGGUCACGAUGUAAUAGCCCAGGCUCAAUCUGGUACUGGUAAAACGGCAACGUUUUCCAUCGCAAUUUUGCAGCAGAUCGACACCAGCAUUCCAGAAUGCCAAGCGCUGAUUCUAGCUCCAACUCGUGAGUUAGCGACCCAAAUCCAGAAGGUAGUUAUCGCUCUUGGCGAUUAUCUGAAUGCCCAAUGCCACGCUUGCAUUGGCGGUACAAAUGUACGCGAUGACAUGCGUAAGCUGGAGAUGGGUUGCCACAUUGUGGUCGGAACCCCGGGACGUGUGCACGACAUGAUUAGUCGUAACUUUUUGCGCACUGAUCAUAUUAAGCUGUUCGUCUUGGACGAAGCUGACGAGAUGUUGUCUCGUGGUUUCAAGGAUCAGAUUCAGGAUGUUUUCCGUAAGUUACCUUCGGAUGUGCAGGUUAUCCUUCUGUCUGCUACUAUGCCGGCGGAAGUGUUGGAAGUAUCGACCCAUUUCAUGCGUAAUCCGAUUAAGAUUCUGGUUAAGAAAGAAGAACUGACACUUGAAGGUAUCAAACAGUUCUACAUAGACGUGAAGCAAGAAAGCUGGAAACUAGGAACACUUUGCGAUCUGUACGACACGCUGUCGAUCACUCAAGCUGUCAUAUUCUGUAACACUCGCCGUAAGGUAGAUCAGCUUACCGCUGAAAUGGCCGCUGAGAACUUCACGGUAUCUUCCAUGCACGGUGAUAUGGAUCAACGUGACCGCGAUUUGAUUAUGAAGCAAUUCCGUACCGGAUCGUCGCGUGUCCUCAUUACUACUGAUCUUUUGGCUCGUGGAAUCGAUGUACAGCAGGUUUCCCUAGUUAUUAAUUAUGAUUUACCAACGCUAAGAGAAAACUACAUUCAUAGAAUCGGUCGUGGUGGACGUUUUGGUCGUAAAGGAGUUGCUAUCAAUUUCGUGACUGAUGCUGAUAAAAGAGUGCUGACAGAUAUUGAAAAACAUUACAACACAACGAUUGAAGAGAUGCCAGCUAAUCUGGCUGAUAUGCUGUAAUUCCUACUCUAGCGACAAACGGGUGUUUUCAGCAUAAACAAUAAAAAGCAGCAGCAAACAUACUGAUUAUAACACCUGCUUAACAUCUAUGCUAGCAUCAGACGGGGCGUCGUUACUGAGAUAUUUCCCAACAUCCAGGUGUAUGUGAAAUUACUUAUCGUUGUCAAUCCACGAAACGAUUUAUAAAACAUACGUCACCUAUAUAUUUCAUGUGUACCAAGAGCAAAACCAACAAUCAUCAACAAGUUGAAAUAAAACUACCGACAACAAACAAGAUUAAUUAGACACAAAGAAGAAAUUCCAUUCCCUGUCAACUUCAAAGAAACAUCCUACCUUUUCGGUUUUAUUUUCGAUUCCUUUUACUCCACAUCCUAAAUGUAAAAUUAUUUCGUGCUAGUUAGUGUCAGUAACAGAAUUAUUAUUAUUCAAAAUAUCGGCAUCCGAGAGCACUGUUUCGGGCCUCACCUCGUGGGCUCAUCCAUCCUAUUGCUGCUUGAUACCGCGGGGUGAGGGCCCGAUACAGUGUACUGCGCAGAAUGUUGUAAGCUAUCGAGAGCCGCCACUAUGUGAAACUAGCAUAAGUAACAUUACCUAUAAGAUAUUUUCUACAAUGAUUUACAGGCGAAUAAACGAUGAGAGCACAGAAUUAGAGAUCUUCAUCGAUUAAAUCAGAAGACACUUGAGAUCGGAAACUUUGUGUACACUUUUUUAUUAUCUUUGAAAUUAUUGAAUUUAUAAAUUCUUUUGGUUGUAAACCUUCAAUAUACUUUGAAAUAUGCAUGAGAAGCCAACAGCUAAUAAUAAAAUAACGCAUUCUAAUUA